CGACCUUGGCCCCGCCCCGCCCGCUCGGCCUCCUCCGCCAUGCUGCCCUCGCUCUUGCUACCCUCUACGCUCCUUUUCUCUCUCGCCGCUGUCCAGGUUCGCGCCGGCGACGUCCCAUGGCUCCAGCCAUGCGACCCCGCCCAUCAGAAGCUCCAGGAGGGCACCUUCCAGUUCCAGACUGACUGCGACGCCAUGACCUUCUGUGCAUCCAACUCGACCUGCGCCCUCCGCGGAUGCCGCAACGACGAGUUCCCCUUCGGCUACCUCUCCAACGUUACCGUCCCCGACAAGUGUCCCAAGGGCCAAUUCUGCCCAGACGAGCAGGACCAGUGUCAAAACCUCCUCCCCGUCGGGAGCGCAUGCCAAUUUAACCGCGAUGACGAAUGCGAGGGACCGCCCGACUUCAAGGAUCUCGCGGACACGUCUGGCUUCGGGCUGAACGUGAACGGCUCGGUUUGCCUCAACAACAUCUGCAUGUGGGCAAACGUCACGAUCGGCCUUCCCUGCAUCGUGCAAAACACCGCUUAUACCGCCUACGGUCCUGAUGGAGAAUUUGUCGAUAUCGUGUCCAGCGGUUGCCGCUGGACGCCCGAACGCAGCGUCAUGCUCCUACAGACUUGGAAUGGUUCCCGCGGCGGUGACCAUCAGUCUCUGAAACUCCGCGCUUCCCUGGAGUCUAUUUGCGGUACCUUCUACAUCAUGGGUAACUGCAAAGUUGGCCUGUACUGCGACUCGCAGCAACUGGUCUGUGUACAGACUAAAGCGAUCGGGGAACAGUGCGACGCCGACAAGGAGUGCAGCACGUACAAUUGCCUGGCGAACGGCACGUGCGGCGUGACGACGGACACUCCGGUCCAGGUGAAGAAAUGGGUGUACGUGGUCGUCGCGGUCUGUAUUCUCGGAGGCAUGGUCGGCACGCUGGUCGCGCUGUACUUCUUUCACAAGAAGGACCGCGAUGCGGAGCGCGAGAAGCGUCUCCAGUACUGGCGCGAGCAGAACGCGUUCCGCCAGAACAUUUUGCUAAUGCAGGAGACGGCACGGCACUCGCUCAUGGCCUACACGCCCGGCGGGGGCAGCCCGCGCGGGAGCACGUUGUACAGCCGCGAGGGCGGCAUGCAGUCCGAGGACUCGGGGGCGCCGAUGCUGCAGCCGACGACGAAGAGCAGCGGGCUGAGGUACUACGUGUCAGACGACAACUCGCAGAUCGACGACCGGUCGGACGAGGACCUGAUGAUGGGCCAGCGGAGUCACCAAGAUGUAGGGCGGUUCUGAGCACGAUGUCAGUCGCUGUUCGCAGGCGCGUCGGUGUGUCGCUUGACGCUGCUCGGUUCCCUGCUUGCGCGAGUGCCCUUCUGGCCUAUAUUUCAUCCCGCCUGCUGUCGCCGUGCCGCGCAGGCAUCCGCUCGCGCACGCUCAUCGCCUGCACGAACAUCCUCAAGACUCCUCAUUGGUUGAUUGGGGACGGGCGGCAUGGACUCAUUCAGUGUUUGACUGUAGCCUACGUACGGUAGCAGACAUGGAGCGAAACCGCUUGUCCCAGACUACGAUUCCAAUAUCCACAUAUUCACCCCGUUACCCCCACCCAGACCAGUUCACGUCUACCGGUCCUGUCUUCAAACCGCGUAGAAUCGGAAUGACACUUCUACACUAUCUUGCUCGAGCCUGCUUCGUUUAUGUUUAUAGCGCACGUUGACUAGCGCUGCGCUCCACGGUCUGUCGCUCGCUCAAUUUUCGUAGUGCGCCGUACACUGUAUCGCAAUAAUGAACGCUAUCUACC